AUCAAUAACUCAGGAUGACAUGCAUGAGUGAUGGAACAUACCAAAUCCACAUAUCUUUUUCUCUGCCCUCCCUCUUUCACACCAUCCGCCACUCGUACCAUCUACUCUGUCUCUAGCCUCCGUCUGCCUGCUUCACCAGCUGCCCCUCGUUGGCUUGUUAGUGUCUCUGAUCCUACAGUGGAAAUCCUCUUGCCUUUUGGCAGAUCAUCUAAGCUUUCCCAGUGUUGUUGUUGUUCCCUCUCUUGCUUUUGUUGUUACCUAUCUGUCAUUCUGUUGCUUUGAAAUUUGCUCUUAAACAAUAAAAAACUACAGCCAACUGCCUGUUAGCUUAGUUUAGUUUAGCUAAUAACACAGAUGUGCAUACAGUAGCCUCUCUACUAAAGCUGUAUCUCAGAGAGCUGCCGGAGCCUGUCAUCCCCUUCCACAAGUAUGAUGAGUUCCUGGCCAGUGCCAAGCUCCUCAGCAAAGAUGAUGAAAUGGGUAUGAAGGAGUUGAGAAGGCUUGUGGAAAGUCUACCUCCAGUGAAUUACAACCUUCUCAAGUACAUCUGCAGAUUUCUAGAUGAAGUCCAGUCAUAUUCAGGAGUGAAUAAAAUGAGCGUCCAAAACUUGGCCACAGUUUUUGGGCCAAAUAUCUUGAGGCCGAAGGUGGAGGAUCCAGUAGCUAUUAUGGAAGGUACCGUUCUGGUCCAGCAGCUAAUGGCCGUUUUGAUUGGACGCCAUGAUGUGCUAUUCCCUGGGGAUGAGGACAGCCCCACGGCCCUGGAGCUUGUCAACAACAACAACAUCGAACUACAACGGCGACAAGCCACCACAACUACCUCUGCCAUCACUACAGUGUCUCAGAACGCAGAGAACAACAACACGCAGGUGGUGCGGCAGUGUGUUUGGGAAGCACCCGAGUCUCCUUUGCACCCCCAACGUGUAGACAACAGCGGCUCCCCGCGAUCGGCAAGCCCUCGUAAUGGUGUCAUGGGACGCUUUGAUAUCACCCGCAGUCCACCACUGACUAUUAAAAAGAACCCAGCUUUCAGUAAAGGCAGUGGGAUCGUUACAAACGGCUCCUUCAGCUCCUCACCCUCUUCAGACCCAAGUCAAGAAAGGAGCCAGACUUUGACUGGAGUUGGGAGUUUACCGGUGCGGCGCAGUGGGACUCUCAAAGGCUCCGGCACAAAAAUGGGCACCAGUGGCGUGACGAGUGGAAGCAGCACUGGAGGGAACGGGAAUGGAAUUGUGCGCAUGGGCAUUUCCGGCACCGAUGUGGUCACGGGGAGUCUAAACGGCCGCAAUGGUCUUUGGGUACCAAAUGGUUGCGUCACAUUACGCGAGAACAGCAAAACACGUGACUGCUCCAACGGGGAUCAAACAUCCAAUCAGAACCGUCUGUCCACGUAUGACAAUGUCCACUUAAACCAGCAGAACCUUCAGCAGCAGAACCAGAUCACCAACACGUGUCUGAACAGCAGCUGUGAGGACAAGCAGAGCGUAGACAGUGCCACCUGGUCCACCUCCUCCUGUGAAAUCUCUCUUCCUGACAACUCCACUUCCUGUCGCUCCUCCACCACUACCUGCCCUGAGCAGGACUUCUACGGCGGUCACUAUGAAGACCUGGAUAGACAAGCCCAGCAUAAUGAGCCUCCCCAGUCUGGUGGAGGAGGAGAGGGGGAGGGCAGAAACAGCAACAGAGAAGGAAGUGGAGAUGGAGCAGGGAGGAGCAGUCGGGACACCAGCAGUAGUGAUAAUAGUGAUGGUUUCACCGUUGGUAAUGGACCCGGCAGUCACAGUGCUCUACACAGUUUAGUGGCCAGCCUUAAACAGGAGAUGCAUAAGCAGAAGACCGAGUAUGAGGCCAGGAUAAAGAGCUUGGAGCAGCGUAACCUUGAUCUGGAGACCGAAAUGGUGAACCUCCACGAAGAGCUGGACCAGGAGAGGAAGAAGUACACCAUGGCGGAGAUAAAGCUGCGCAACGCUGAGCGUGCCAAGGAUGACGCUGAGCGGCGAAAUCAGAUGCUGCAGAAAGAGAUGGAGCAGUUUUUCUCCACGUUUAGUGAUCUCACUGCAACUGGUAACACCGCAGCCACCGACCCGCAUCGACCAGAUCGUAACAACAGCAUCUGGAUACAGUGAAGGAAGGCAGGGGCAUGUGGGCUGAAAUGCUAGUAAAGACUGGAAAUGGUUUAUUAAAUGAUGUUAAUAUUACGAGGGCUCCAAACAGGAUUUGGCUGCUGGUUGUAGAGGGAAAGUAGGUAAGUUAAGUUACAAUGGUUAAUGGAUGCUUUAAUUUAAGAAAUAGGAGGUGGGGAUAAUGCAAGGCACCUGUAUAAAUGUAGACAUCACCUGGAGUGAUGCCAGACUGUCAUUAUCUGUAAAUACAGCAUUAUUUAAACAGCUCACAGACUCUCUCCAAUCUACUCAAACUGUGGUGGUAAUCACUCUUCUGACUGGGAAGUGGAGUAAAGGCACCGUACACCAUAGUCUAUGAUGAUUCACAGUACUACUUUUAUUUUACUUUAGCUCCUAGAGACAUAUAGGAAGGAAGGCAAAAUGUUUAAAAAUGUUGUAUUCAGUAAAAUAAAUCAAAAAUACCAACCUUGGACACAUAAAGACCAUGCAAAACCCCUCCCUAUCUUAAUUCAUCUUUUAAAUCUAACCAAAAACAUUUUCCACAUAAUUCUAUAUCUGCUCAUGUACAUAGAGGGAAACAAUGCAGAAAAACAGUGUCAUAUGUAUGUAAAAAUAAUUGAACGUAAUACUUAAAUGUUUAUCUGAUAUUUAAGCAAAGUUAUCAAUGUGUGAUAUUUUAUAUUAUGAUUUUUCCUUGCACUUACAUGUUUGUUUAGUCUCAGCAAGGUGGUACUGAAUGUUUCUGUUGAUCAAUGUGUGUACCAUUUAAAUUGGACAAAAUACUGUAUAUGUGCCUGUGCUUCUGUGCUGUUUCAUAUACCCCAUGACCAAAAAAAAGAGCCUGUACUGUAAAUAUUUUAUAGAUAAUUGUAUACACUACUUGUUAGUCUGCACUGUGGUUUGACGCAUAUUAAGAUGGAUAUGGCAAGUAUUGAGUUGAUGCUGAUUGAAGAAUGUUUUGUAGCUUGUAACUUGCACGAUGGGUCAUUGGCAAAACAAAACAGAUAAAAUAUAAAUGUUGGUAGUGAAUUCAGAAUUUCAGCUGACAAAAUGUACUCUUUACAGUAACAGAUGUAGCUGUUGUCACUGUAUGAAAGCUCGUGGGAAUUGCAGUUCACAAGCCGCCUCUGAGCAUAUGAGAUGCCACUUUUAAUCCUGUAGUCGUCUGACAAUUUAUCCACCUGACACAACUGGUUUUCAUCCUAACCUAGCACAGAAUAACAAGCUGCAGCAACCAAGUACCAACACCAAGUUGUGUUUGUGGGUCAUAACUGUGAAAAAUGGGAUUACAGCGUCAAGUGUGUCUCCAUUGAGCCUGGUUGCUACAUUUAGUAACGUGGUGUGUGCAUGAGUCCAUGAGGGCUGGUGCACAAUAAGUGAAUGUCUGUAAAGUGACUGCAUAUUGAUGAAGCCUUAGUAAGUGUAUUUAUGUAGCUUUGAACCAAAUGACUACACCCAAUGUGGAUAUGCUAAUGUAUACAAAACAAGAUGCAUAACAGACCUGAGUUGGACUUCUGUCAAAAGAAGUUUUGUGUGUGCCUGUGUGCACAUGUCUGCCGCUGGCUAUUCUUCCUCUGAAGACCAGGUCCCAUUUAAACCUGCUACUGGUCAAUGCAGGGCAUCUGGAAUGUGCACAGGGAGGGGGGAAAAGUGCCUGAAUAACUGAAGGAGGGAGGGGAGCCUGCACUUCUCAUUUUGCACCCUUCACCGAGAAGUAACCGGCUUAAGCCAAGCUGACAGUGGCACCUCGUUCUGUGAAUUCCACAAAAAAAAGAGCAGAUUAUGGACACAGGGCAAGAGGGAGAGGAGGGAAGGGAUAGUGGAAUAUUUUCAUGACAUGAUACUUGACACACAAAGGAACUUUUGAAAAAAUUACUUAAUAUGAAUAAAAAUGCAUUUUCAUCUGA